AGUAGGUUUUUUAAUGGUUGAGUAGAGACAGAGCAAACAAACAAGGAAGAAACUUUCGAUUACCUCACUCUAAAUCAGUGAUCAAGACGACGUCGAAGAUGGAAUUGGAGCAGCUGGAGAAGUCCGUGGAAGCCAACCCAGACGACCCUUCUCUGCAAUUCGAACUUGGUUUGUAUCUGUGGGAACGCGGCGGAGACUCGGAGAGAGCGGCGGAGCAUUUCGUUCUGUCGGCGAAGCUAAACCCUGAUAAUGCGUCUGCGUUCAAGUACUUGGGGCAUUACUACUCGCGCGUGACGCUUGAUCGCAAUCGAGCUGCCAAGUGUUACCAGAGAGCGGUGCUGCUGAACGUUAAUGACUCUGAGUCUGGAGAGGCGCUUUGUGAUUUGUUGGAUGGGCAAGGGAAAGAGAUCUUGGAAGUUGCGGUUUGCCGUGACGCUUCUGAGAAGUCUCCCAAGGCUUUCUGGGCGUUUUGCAGAUUGGGUUACAUUCAGCUUCAUCAGAAGAAGUGGUCUGAAGCUGUUCAGAGCCUUCAACAUGCUAUUAGAGGCUAUCCUACAGUGUCUGACCUAUGGGAAGCUCUGGGCCUUGCUUACCAGCGACUUGGAAUGUUUACUGCUGCUAUCAAGGCGUAUGGGCGUGCCAUUGAAUUAGAUGAGACCAAGAUUUUUGCAUUAGUGGAGAGCGCAAACAUCUUUUUGAUGCUUGGUUCAUAUAGAAAGGGUGUGGAGCUCUUUGAGCAAGCGCUGAAGAUUUCACCUCAGAAUAUUUCUGUGCUCUAUGGUCUUGCUUCUGGAUUGCUUAGUUGGUCAAAGGAAUGCAUAGAUCUGGGCGCAUUUGGAUGGGCUGCUUCGUUAUUGGAGGAUGCUCGUAAAGCUGCGGAAGCAAGCACUGAACUGGCCAGCAACAUGUCUUCUAUAUGGAAAUUGCAUGGAGAUAUCCAGCUUACGUAUGCAAGAUGCUUUCCAUGGUCUGGAGGAACUGAAAGCUCAGAAAAGACAUUUAAUGAUUCAAUCCUUUCUUGGAGAAGCAUCUGUUACUCAGCUGCACUGUCAGCCAAAUCUUCAUACCAGCGAGCUCUGCACUUAGCCCCUUGGCAAGCCAAUCUCUAUACUGACAUAGCCAUAACUUGUGAUCUCGUUUCAAGCUUAACCGAUGUUUCUGAAACUUCAAGUUCUUGGAAGCUACCAGAAAAGAUGGCACUGGGAGCGUUAUUACUUGAAUGCGACAACUCGGAGUUCUGGGUUGCUUUGGGUUGUAUGUCUGAUAACAGUGCUUUGAAACUACAUGCUUUGAUCCGGGCGUUGCACUUGGAUGUAUCUUUAGCCGUUGCUUGGGCUUUUAUGGGCCAGAUCUUCAGGGAAUCAAAUGAAAUGAAGUUGGCAAAGCAGGCUUUUGAGUGUGCUAGAAGCAUUGAUCCUACACUUGCUCUACCUUGGGCCGGCUCAGCUGAUACUUAUGCUAGGGAGUCAACAUCAGAUGAGGCUUUUGAGAGUUGUUUACGAGCUGCGCAGAUAUCACCUCUUGCGGAGUACCAGGUUGGUUUGGCAUGGCUUGCUUUGCUGCAAGGAAGUAUUUCAUCUCCGCAGAUUUUUGCUUGCAUUGACCAGGCGGUGCAGCGCACCCCUGACUACCCUGAAUCCCAUAACCUCCACGGGCUAGUCUGCGAGGCAAGACUUAACUAUCAUACCGCCAUUGCUUCAUACAGGCUAGCACUGGCUGCAAUGAGUGUUUGCCCAGACAGUUCAGUGAAAUCUCAGGCAGGAAAAAUAUCUAUCAACUUGGUCAGGUCACUCAGCAAGGCAGGACGAUUCAAAGAAUCUGUCAAGGAAUGCGCAAAUCUGAAGUCAAAAGGCUUGCUUGAUGCUGGAGGCUUACAAAUCUACGCCUUCUCUCUGUGGAAGAUCGGUGAGAACGAUUCAGCUCUCUCAGUUGUUCGGGAGCUGGCUGGUAGGAUCUCCACAAUGGAGAAAGCCUCAAUAGCUUUCCCAAUCAGCUUCAUCUGCAGUCUGCUUUACUGCAUAUCUGGACUUGAUUCUGCUAUCACCAGCAUCCAGAAAAUGCCGAAACAUUUCUUCCAGAGUUCGAAAAUCAGCUUUAUAGUAUCUGCCAUCCAUGCUCUUGACCAGAGUGAUAGGCUUCAGUCGAUUGUUGCUAGCACUCGUAGCUAUAUAACAUCACAAGAAGAGAUAGCUGGGAUGCAUUAUUUGAUAGCACUCAGCAAACUGCUGAAAACUGGAGAAGGAGAGUUCCUUGGAUUUGAGAAGGGGAUUGCACACCUCAGAAAAGCUCUGCAUAUGUAUCCUCAUAGUAAUUUGUUAAGGAACCUGCUUGGAUAUAUUUUGUUAGCUGGUGAAGGAACCAAAGAGAUCUGUGCUGCUAGUAGAUGCUGUAUCAUAAACGUCUCCGAGUGUGGAAACAAGGAAGGUCUGAAGUCUGCGUUGGAGGUCCUCGGUGGAGGAUCGGUUGCUUGCAAUGUAAUCGGCAACACACCUCCGAGGUUCUCUUUUCCAACGUGCCAUUGUCAGAGUCUGAACGCUCCUGUUGUUGUUGCGGAACUCCAAAGAUUCUUGCAUCAAGAGCCUUGGAACAGCGAUGUGAGAUACUUGCUUAUUCUGAAUCUCAUGCAGAAGGCUCGUGAGCAGAGGUUUCCUAGACAGCUUUGCAGUGCUAUUGAGCGUUUAAUCUCCGUGGCGCUCUCUGAUGAGGCGUCUGAAUAUCAAAAGUUCCAGCUUCUGCUUUGUGCUUCCGAGAUGAGUUUGCAGAAGGGAGAUACAGCAGAGUCUAUUGACCAUGCUCGAAAGGCUUCUUCCCUUUCCCUUCCACGUAGCUACCUGUUUCUAUCACAUUUGCAGCUUUGCCGUGUCUAUGCAUCAAAGGGAAGCGCCAGAGACAUGCAAGAGGAGUACAAAGCGUGUCUGGAGCUCAAGACAGACUCAAACAUUGGUUGGAUCUGCCUGAAGCUCAUGGAAUCUCAGUUUGAUCUGGAGGCUGACGCUAACCUCUUGGAGAUGAUGAGCCCACCAAGCCAGAAUCAUUCAUGGAAAGAGUGGAUGGCUGUUUACAGUCUAGCUCUUGGCUUAGUUUCUUCCGGGAAAAGAGAUUUCUCCUCAGCGGAGGAGUUUCUUGCACAAGCUUGCUCGUUGGGUGAUUCAGAGAGUUGUCUACUUCUCUGCCAUGGUGCCGUCUGCAUGGAGCUGGCUAGACAGUCUAACGACUCGCAUUUCCUUUCGCUAGCUGUAACGAGUCUAAGCAAAGUUCAAGCGAGUUCGUUGACUCCUUUGCCUAUUGUCUAUGCUUUAUUGGCUCAAGCACAUGGGAGUCUUGGCUCUAAAGAGAAGUGGAAGAAGAAUCUCCGUCUUGAAUGGUUCUGCUGGCCACCAGAGAUGAGACCUGCAGAGGUUUACUUUCAGAUGCAUAUACUUGCAAGAGAAUCUGAAGAAAGACCUGAAACAGCUUCAGGGAUUGAAAACUGUCAAACCUCUGAGAAAUGGGUGCUUAGGGCGAUUCACACUAACCCUUCUUGUAUGAGAUACUGGAACGUCUUGGAUAAGCUUGUUCAGUAUCCCAUUAGCUAAGAACCAGAACAGAGAAGAGCAGAACAGCUCUGUUCUGUUUUUUUUUCUUGUUACAGAUGCUUUUGACAUUUAGUGUUUUGUGAAUGAGAAAACACACUGAAUAGGAUUCAUGCAGUUUCUUCUUC